AUGGGAGACCUGAAUGCCAAGGUCGAUUCCAGUGCAGACAUUGUAAUGACUCAGAGUCCGGAAUCCCUGGCAGUGUCUCUAGGAGACAGAGUCACUAUCAACUGCAAAGCCAGUGAAAGCAUUACAGGCUCUUCAGGUACUAUUUACUUAGCCUGGUACCACCAGAAACACAGACAAGCUCCGAAGCUCCUGAUCUAUGAGGCUUCCACCCGCGCCUCUGAGAUCCCAGACCGGUUCAGUGGCAGUGGGUCUGGAACCGAUUUCACUCUCACAAUCAGUAAGGUUGAAGCGGAAGAUGCUGGAGAUUAUUAUUGUCAACAAGGCUGGAGCUCACCUCUCACAGUGAUACAAACUAGUACAAAAAUCUCCCUUUUGCUGAUCUGCAUCACGCCAGUCAGACGUAGCAAGAUGGUCUCUCCGGUUCAGUUUAUCUGGCUGUUAGUGCUCUGGAUCCAGGAUUCCAGUGGGCAGAUUGUGCUGACUCAGACUCCAGAAUCCCUGGCAGUGUCUCCUGGAGACACAGUCACUAUCCGCUGCAAAGCCAGUUCAAGCGUCAGCAUUGGCAGCACUCACUUCUUGGCCUGGUACCAACAAAAAUCAGGACAAGCUCCGAAGCUCCUUAUCUAUGCUGGAAGCUCCCUGCAAUCCGGGGUCCCAGACCGGUUCAGCGGCAGCGGGUCUGGCACUGAUUUCACUCUCACAAUCAGUAAGGUUGAAGCUGAAGAUGCUGGAGAUUAUUAUUGUCAGCAGUCUCUCAGCUCACCUCGCACGUUGGGGGGGGGCACAAAGGUG